GACAGCUCUAACAGGGUUUAGCUACCUAACACCAUGUCAGACUCUCAAGGCACAAGCUAUACGAAGGCUGCUAGUCGGACCUACAGGAAACGAUUCCUGGAGCAGGCAUCUAUCUUCGUCAAUCGCCUUCCACAAGAACGGGUGCCGUUGCAUAUCGACACUCUUAAGCGGAGCCUCAGCGAUCUCAGUCCAUUGACGCCAGCCUUGAUCGGGUACGAACCGACCAUGGCCCAAAUCGCUGAUGUUGUGGAAGCAGGUUCGGUCCCGGAGCUCAGAGAAGCGAUAUCUUGCGCGGUUAUUGUCAAGAACAUGCAACCAAAUUCUUUUCAGGGCAGGGUAGAGAGCGCAUGGAUGCAUCUGAAUCGUCGUAUUAUGAGUGUUAUCACGGAUUGCGACGCCUUUUGUUCAAGAUGUCGCAUGGACGGCACCCGUCGGACCGUCAUCAGCAGAUUCGAGACCGCUCUCUAUCCCAAAGCCCGACAUUGGUGUCGGACUUCGUGUGAUCGAAAGGGCAGAGCUGCAAACGAUGUCUUCGCAGACACGCGCCCGGGACGAGCUCUUGACUGAGCAUGUCCUUGGGCUGCUAAACUCGCACGCAGCAUUCAGGCUUAUCGCCACGCCUUCGACAGGACUGGAAGAGGUC